AUGGAUAAAAGAAAGUUGUUAUUUGAGGGCAAUUUGAAAAAUAAUUUCUAGGAUUUCAAUAAUGACUUCAAAGAUAAUAAACUCAAAAUCAAUGAUAUCAAAAAUAGAGACUAGUCUAAUAAGGGAGUAACCAACAAGUAUUUCAAUUUGAAAUGUUAGAUAACCAUACGAAGCAAAUAAUAAAUCAAAUGAAUUGAUCAAUAAAACUAACUCUAGUUUUACAAACUAUCAAGAUAAUGAUGUAUCCUAUUUCAGAAAAAAGAUUGAAGAUUUAUAGUUUAGAGUUGACUCUUAAGACUUAAAAUUAAAGGCAAAAGAAAAAGAAUUACAUCAUCAACAAUCUUAGAUCAAAUAAUAUAUUCUUGAAAUACAUUAGAUCCAAAUUAUAGAGUAAGAUUACAAAGACUAAAUAAUUGCCUUAAACAAUGAGCUCUCUUAAUGGAAAGAUAAAUAUUUUGCCAAUCUCAAAGAAUACUAAUAUAAAUUAGCUACCAUUACUAGAUAAUCAUCAUAGGAUUAAAGUUCUUUGAAGAAAAAAUACGAAGAAAUCAUAGAAUAGCAACAAAAGGAGAUGGAGUAAAUUGAGUUAAGAUUUGAAAAUGAAAGAGAUAAUCUCUAUAAAGCAAUGGAAUUAUAAAAUAAAUCAUAACAUAUUCAUGACGAAAUAAAUGUAAGAAAUCGUAUAACUGAUUAUAGGAAUUAAUUUAAAAAUAUGAUGAAUUAGAAACUGAAAAUAUGGGAUUAAGAGAAAAAAUAUUAGUUUUUGAAGCUAAUUAAGAUGAACUCAAAUUUCAUAUUCAAUAAAUUUCAGGUAGAUUAUUAGAAUAAGUAAAUAAAAAUGUUUAAGUACUAUUUUAUUUUGUAUAAUAGCUUGAAUAAUAGAAAUAAUAAGAAAUCUAAAAUUGUUAGAAUUUAUUGCUAGCAAAGGAUAAACAAAUUAAUAAUCUUUUAAUAUAAAUUGAAGAAUCAAAAAACGAAGAAUAAUAUCUUGAUUAAGAAAAAUUGAUGCAAUUAGAAAAUUUGAACAAUUAAUUAAUUGAAUAAAAUUCAUAAUUAGAGGAUGAAAAUCAAAAAUUGAAAACUUAGAUUUCAGAUUAAUUAGAGUAAGAAAAUGAAGAUCUAAAACUCAUCAUAUAAAAAUAGAAACAAGAAAAUUUAAAACUAUAAUAGGAUUUGAGUUAAUAUAUAUAUGAAAAAAAUUAACUUGAAUAGCAAAAUAUUUCAGAUGCAAAUUUAAAAUUAGAACAAUUGUAAAUUGAAAUAAAUGCAAUACGUUAAUAAUUAGAUUAAAAAGAAUUAGAAUGUGAUUAAUUAAGGCAACAGAAUCUUACUCUCUAAAAUAAUAUUUCUAAUUAAUAGAUUUUUGGAUAUUAAAAAGAUGAAUUAAUCGAAUAAAUUGAAUCCUAUGAAAGAGAUAUAAAAGAAAAAGAUGAGGUGAUUUAAUCAUAAAGAAUAAAUUAAAAAGAUUUUGAGAAGGUAAUGUUUCAAUAUAGAGCAGAAAAUAAAGAAUAUAAAACUAAAAAUGAACUUUUGACAAACUAAAAUGAAAUAUAAACAUUGUAAAUAGAAGAAAUAUUGAAAGCUAAUUAAUUGUUGUAAAAGUAGGUUGAAAAUUUAACAAAUGAAAACAAGUUUUAUACACAAGAACUUCAAAAUUUGUAAGAAACCCUCCAAAAUUAUAUAAGAAAAGAAGAAAAUAACAAUUCAUAAAUUAUGAUAAUAGAGAAUUUGUAACACAAUAACUUCACCUUUUAAUAAUAAAAUUUUAUGCUUGAACAAAAGGUAGCUGAAAUGGAAGAAUUUGAAAAAAUAAAUAAAUUAUAUGAAUAAGAAAUGGCAUAAAAAUAAGAAUUAUAUGAGUUACUUUCCCUUUAACUAAAUGAAAAAGAUAUUCAAUUGAAAAAAUUUGAAAAAGAUCUAGUUUUAUAAAAACAACAAUCGUAAUCACUUUUUGAACAAAAUUAAACUUUAGAGGAAGAUCUAAGAUUAUGUCAUUAAUAAUUAAUUAAACUCAAAGAUUUUUCUUAGAAUACUAAAGAAGAGUAGUUUGAUUUAACAAAUAGAAUUUUAGACAAGUAAAUAAAUUGUAACACUCUACAAAUAAAGUAAGGCUUUGAAAUUAAUAAUGUCAAUAUAUAGUAAAAUCUCAUAACACAGGAUAACAAAGAUCUACAAAAUUAAAAUGAGGAACAUUUAUAAAUUAUAAAGGAUUUUGAUUUGCAAUUAAGAUCAGAAAAAGAAUUAAAUGAAAAUCUAAAUCUAAAAAUGCUACAUGAAUUUUAAGAGGAAAAGCUUAAAUCUUUAGUAUAAAAGGAAAAAGAAGUACAGUUUAAGGAAUAAAAAAUAUUUGAGGAAUAAAUUAGAUAAUUAAAAAUAGAAUUAACUGAAUAAAAAUUGUUGAAUGAAAAUUUACAGCAAGUAUUUAAUUGUAAUUUAUAAAUGGAAAUAGAGAACAAUAAAAAAGUUUUUGAAUCUAAAAUAAACCAAUUACAAUUAGAAAAUGAUAAAUUCAAAUAAAAAACAAUUGAAGUAAUUUAGGAAAAUAUCAAUUUAUAAAAUAAAUUACAAUAGUUUGAAACAGAAUUUUUAUAAAAACAAUUAGAAUUAUCAAGAAUCGAUCCUAAUUAGAUAGCGGAAUCUUAUGAAAAUGAGAAUAGUCAUAAAUUUUAACUGGAAUAGUCCCCAGACGGAAAUCAAUAAUAAAUAAUUGAAAAUGAAAAAAGUUAAUAAAUAGAUAGAGAGUAAGGAGAUGAAGUGUAAGAUUAGGAUAUUAUCAAAGAAGAAAGAAAUUCUUCAAAUUUACAUCAAGAUAGCUAAAUUAAAAACUUAGAAUAAUAAUUUGAAAUCUAAUAAUAAAUUUAGAUUCAUUUGAUUGAUUAAGAUUUAAGAGAAUAAAUUGUAUCUUCCUUUUAAUUAGGCUAAUAAAAUUUAGAAUAACCAGGAAAUAAAGAAACUAUUUUCUCAUAAAUAAUUGAAAAUAUAGAUCUAGAGGGACAAUCGAUCUAAACAAAUCCAAAACCUGAACAUGAGGAAAUAUUUGAUGAAGAACUAAAACAAGGAGUUGAUUUAUAGCCUAAAGAGUUUGCCAAAAAUUAAAAACAAGAAGAUCCUACGAAAAUUUCUAGAAUAUCCUAUGAAUUAGCCAAUAGUUUAAUUAAUGUAAAAAGAAUAUUUAUUUAUAGAAUGUCUUAAUCGGAGCAAUCGAAUCAGUACUUAAUCUAUAUAAGUGA